GUACAGUCUGUCAGACCAGUGUUGUCCACAUCUCCAGCACCUUGUGCCCGGGAGAGGAGGUGGAUGCUGGGAAGGGAGGAGCGCAGGACACGGCGGAGCCAGGGCGUCCUCCAGAAAGGAUGAAAAAUGGAUCCCGAAGAGCAGGAGCUGCUGGCGGACUACAGAUACCGGAAUUACUCCUCGGUGAUUGAGAAGGCCUUGAGAAACUUCGAGUCCUCCACUGAAUGGGCAGAUCUUAUCUCCUCGCUCGGGAAACUCAAUAAGGCUCUGCAGAGUAAUCUCAAGUACUGCCUAUUACCAAGGAGACUGAUCAUUAGUAAGAGACUGGCACAAUGCUUGCACCCAGCUCUGCCAAGUGGGGUGCACUUAAAAGCUCUCGAGACUUAUGAAAUCAUAUUUAAGAUCAUUGGAACAAAAUGGCUGUCCAGAGACCUUUUCCUUUACAGUUCGGGUCUGUUCCCGCUGCUGUCACAUGCAGCAAUGUCUGCGAAGCCGCUGCUCCUGGGUCUCUAUGAAACGUACUUCCUACCUCUUCAGAGGUCACUGCUUCCCAGUCUCCAGGCCUUCAUAACUGGAUUACUGCCAGGCCUGGAAGAAGGAUCUGAGAUUUAUGACAGGACGGACAUUUUACUCCAGAAGCUGUCCAUGGUGGUCGGACAGGAGGUCUUCUUCAGCUCCCUGUGGGGCAGCGUCCUGGUCAGCAGCUCCAUCAGACUCCCGGCCUCCCUGUUUGUAGUCAGUCACAUCAACAGAGACCUCUCCGCUAACGCACAGGGCUACAUGUUGGGGAAAGACAAGCAGCUGGCCAUAAAAUCUCUCUGCGUCUCGGUGAUGGAUUCGAAUGUCCUCGUUCAGAGGAACACGCUGGAAAUUCUGCUUUUCUUCUUCCCCUUUCACACUUGUUUGGAUUCUGGGGAUUGCCCUAUGUCACUUCAUCGGAAAGAUCUUGUUCACAUCCUGUCUUGCGCCAUCCAGACUGUGCUGAGGCGGGACAUGUCACUCAACAGAAGGCUAUUUGCCUGGCUGCUAGGAACUAAUAUAAAAGGGAGCUUUGUGGCUCCAGAGCUGAAAGCCACAUCCGGAGAAGAAGAAUACGGUUCUGCCUUUUUUGCAAAAUACUCCAAAGAUUUUUUAGUCCAAGCACUGAUGCAGAUUUUACACCAGAAUAUCCUGUAUUCAGACACAGAACAAGGUCUCCAGGUCUAUCUGAAGCCCUUUCGCAUCCUCGUCAGUCUUCUGGACAAGCCAGAGCUAGGUCCUCCGUUGGUGGAAGUUUUGUUCCUGGAAGUGAUCCGAGCCUUUUAUGCCUACUGCAGAGAUGCCCUGGGGACGGAUAUAAAGCUGAGCUAUGGCCAGAGCGGCAGCCAGCUCAUAAGUGCAAUUAAAGAAAAUAAGAACGCCUCUGAAAUCGUGAAAACGGUCAAUCUCUUCAUCACCUCCCUCAGCUCGGACUUCCUGUGGGAUUACAUGACCGUGUGCUUCGAGCACAGCUUCAGAAAAAAUGGGGACAGCGGUGACCCCAAGUACGUGGGACGAGCUCCUUGUGUGUCUGAGAUCUGCACUCUGCUGGUCUUCCUACUCGACGUCAUUCCUCUGGAACUCUACUCCGAAGUCCAGACCCAGUACUUACCUCAGAUGCUCAGCUACAUGGCUCAGUCUCUGUCUGAGAACACGGACGCCCUCAGCCUGCCGGAGCUGACCCAGGCGCUCAGAACUUGCUUCAAAGUCCUCAGCAAAGUGCAGAUGCCCCCCGCUUACCUCGACAUGGAGUCUGAGAGCCCAGACAGUAGUCCAUCCAAGGAGUCCCUGAAGCUAAAAGCCAACAGUGACACUGAGGUGGAGGUGGCAGAAGAUCCAUUAUUCACCCCGUUAAAGUCAGAGGACAGCGGAAUUGGCCUGAGCACGUCAUCCCUGGAGUUGUCUGGAUACCUGCGCGUGCCCAAAGUGUGCCCGGAGAAGGGGGACGUCUGGAAGAAGGGAGGCAGCGUGCAGAAGACACUGCGCUGCGUACAGGACCUAGUGGCCAAUUUUGCCAGCAAGCAUCUGUUCGGGCUACAGUUGCAGACGCACAACGAUGGGGUCAGUGCCCAAGAGAAGGCAGGGAAGAGGAAGGGCCACUGGGAACCCAAGCAGAUCACCGUGCCGCAGUUCAAGCAGAUGCUGACGGAUUUCUUCACUCCGCGGCCUCCGUUGUCGAAACAGAUUGAACAUUCUCCAUCCCGCAUCCCAAGUAAGAGGGUCAAUAAGGGGUCAGACGAGGAGUGGGACAUUGGGCGCUUCAUCCAGAACAUGGGGCAGAUGUCCGAAGACUGCCAGGAGGCCUUUGCCGCCGCCUGUCACUUUCUGCUGGAUUGUGCCACCUUCCCCGUCUACCUUUCAGAAGAAGAGAUGGAGCAGUUGUACUCUUCUCUAUUCCAAGUGCCCGGAUCAAGCGAUGCCGGGUUCCCCCUGUGGUUCAAGUCCCUGAUGACGGUCUGCUGUUGUGUGAAGGACUGUUACAUUCAGAACGUAGCUAUAUCUACUCUUUUAGAAGUUGUAAAUCAUUCACAGUCCCUUUCGCUGGUCAUGGAAGACAGAAUGAAACGCUCAAAGAUGUCCGACUACAGCGCAGUCUUUGGGAAGUUGCAGAUGGUCACAGUUCCACCCGUCUCUCCAGGGGUCCUCAAACUUAUUGCCGAAAAGACGGACUUCUACCCGAGAGUCGCUCACGUGCUGUGGAACCAGCUGAACAUGGAAACCAGGGAACAUCAUAUCACCUGCGUGGAGUUGUUCUACAGACUGCACUGCCUGGCACCUUCUGCCAAUAUCUGCGAAGAGAUCAUCUGCCAGACUCUGCUGAACUAUGAUAAGGUGAUCAGACUGGAGGCGCUGUUCCGGUUCUCUGUGAUUUGGCACCUGACAAGAGAGAUACAAGGCAGCCGCGUGACCUCCCAUAACAGAUCCUUUGAUAGGUCUCUUUUUGUGGUUCUGGACAGUCUGAACUGCACGGAUGGUGCCAUCAGUGCAGCGGCUCAGGGCUGGCUGGUACGUGCACUCUCUCUGAAUGAUGUCGCCCGGAUCCUAGAACCCGUCUUGUUACUUCUGCUGCAUCCUAAGACCCAGAGAACGUCCAUUCAGUGCGUUAAGCAGAAAAACUCCUCAGAAGAAAUCAGCUACUGGUGCAGACGGAAAAGAUCUUCCUUGAAAGACACAGGAGGGUGUCUAGAAUAUCCUGAGAGUAAUUCCGAUGAGAUUCUCCCUCAGUUUAAUACAGUGGACAGAGAGGCCAUCUGGGCCGAGGUGGAGAAGGAUCCCGAAAAGAUGAAAAACGAGUUGGCCAAUAGCCACAUUUCGGAGAGAGCUGAACCCCUCUACUCCGAGGAUGGUGAUCAGGAGGAGGACAACGAGCACACAGAAUCCGCUGACACCAGUGUCGGGCAAAGCACCAGCGAAAACACAUCUUCCUUUAACCCCAGCUCCAUAGACUCAAGUAACGAUCAUCGCUGGAGUAACAGUGACAACAUUGAUGGCCAAGGGUCUUCUAGGCCUUUCUGCCAGCCCAAUAUGUCCUGCAUGGAUGUGCCCAGGCCUGGCGCAUUGUUAAAUUUGGUACGUACAGAGUCUGAUGUUACACAGACUUCAGAGUCACUUUCUAGUGACGACGAAGCAGAUCUGGAGCUUCAGGCCAUUCGGACCUCUAAACUUUUCAAGCAGCAGAAAGAGAAAGAGGAGUUAAUUGAAGCUCUUUUCAAGCACAUCCUCCUAUACCUGCAGCCAUAUGACUCUAAGAGGGUACUAUAUGCUUUUUCAGUGCUGGAGGCUGUCCUUAAAACCAAUCCUAAAGAGUUUAUUGAAGCUGUAGCCAGCACCAGUAUGGACACCAGCUCCACUGCACACCUCAACUUAAUAUACAACCUCCUCGCGCGCCACCAGGAAGCCCUGGUUGGACAAAGUUUCUAUGGGAAGCUUCAGACUCAAUCGCCAUCCAUGUGUCCCCAUUCCCUUUUGAUUGAACUUCUGACAUACCUUUGCCUAAGCUUUUUGCGUUCCUAUUAUCCAUGCUACCAGAAAGUGAGUCACAAGGACAUACUAGGCAAUCGGGAUGUCCAAGUGAAAAGCGUAGAAGUUCUCAUCAGGGUGAUGUCCCAACUGGCCUCCAUAGCCAAGAAUUCGGAAGGGAAGAACGUCGACUUCAUACACAACUUACUAGAGAGAUGCAAAGUUCAAGAGUUUGUUCUAUUGUCCUUGUCGGCCUCCAUGUACACCAGUCAGAAGAAGUACGAAUUGGUGUCUCACGGCGGCCACAGCGACAUGGCAGACGAAGGUUUGUUUGAAGAGAGCGUCAUUAAUUUUGGUCAGGACCAGAUCUGGAGCGAGCAUCCUCUUCAGAUAGAGCUCCUGAAGCUUCUUCAAGUUUUGAUUGUUCUGGAGCAUCACUUGCGGCAGCUACAAGAAGACCAGGAUUCUCCAGUAGACCUCUCCAAAGAAUGGAAUCGGGGACUGAAGUUUCAGCAGUCGAUUAACUCCAUGCAGUACGUGCAAUCACGUGCAAUAACGUCACAGGGACUUUUCGUGUCUGCAGUCGUGAGGGCGUUACGCCCCGAGUACGGCUACGGAAUGCACCCUCCAUGGGUGGCUCUGGUCACGUCAUCCCUGCCUUAUUUUGGCAAAUCUUUAGGAUUGACUGUAGCGCCUUUCGUGGCCCAGAUAUGUAAGAAUUUAGAUGAACUUGUGAAUCAAUAUGAAAAUGAAUCUGUUAAAAUAAGCACGGCUGGCAAAAGAGAGAACGUUUCCCCCGAUUACCCUCUCACCCUCUUGGAGGGACUCACCACCAUUGGCCAUUUUUGCCUCUUGGAUCAUCCUGCUCAGGCAAAAAAGUCCUCCUCAUCAGAUCCGGCUAAUCUUAAGAACGCUCGUAAUGCUCUACUGGAAGAAUUACCGCGCAUUGUUAACAGCUUGUCUCUACUGUGGAGCGUCAUUACCAGACAAGAGCGGGAGAGAAGACCCUCCGAUCUCCUGGGGACAAUAAAGGGCUCCUCCUCCGUCUACUUCAAAACCACAAAAACGCUGAAGCAGAAGAUCUUGGACUUCCUGAACCCCCUGACGGCACAUCUGGGGGUGCAGCUCAUUGCGGCAGUGGCUGCUGUGUGGAAGAAGAAGAGGUUCAGCAGGGCGCAGAGUAAAGCCAAGAUUAUACCGGCGCCCAGCGAGGCGCAGCUGACCCUGGUUGACUUAGUGUGUGCUUUGAAGACCCUGAAGACUGACACUAUUUUGCAGCUUAUGAAGGAGGUGGUCAAGAAGCCUCCUCAGGUCAAAGGAGACGAGAAGGCAUCACUAGUCGAUAUACCGAUGCUUCAGUUCAGCUUUGCAUUUAUACAAAGGCUCUCACCGUCUGAAAUGCAGGAAAACUUCCAGUCAUUGCUGAUUCUGUUGAAAGAGUCUGUUCCUUUAAAUCUGGCUCCUCCAGGAUUCUUCCUGCUCUUAAGUAUACUGAAUGACUUUGUGACCAGGACACCAAACUUGGAGAACAAGAAAGACCAAAAGGAUCUGCAGGAAGUGACUCAGAAGAUCCUCGAGGCGGUGGGGAACGUGGCAGGAUCAUCCCUGGAACAGACUAGCUGGCUGAGCAGAAAUCUGGAGGUUAAGGCUCAGCCGCAGGUGUCAAUCGAUGAAACGGAUGCUAAUGGGGAGCUGUAUGAUGAUAACGCUACCGCUCAGUCAUCCAUGGUCUCUGCGUCCGCUCCAUCGGUCUAUAGCGUCCAUGCGCUGUCGCUGCUUGCAGAGGUCCUGGCCACCCUCCUGGACAUGGUUUACAGAAGCGAUGAGAAGGAGAAAGCCGUGCCUUUAAUAUCCAGGCUCCUGUACUUUGUCUUUCCUUAUCUGCGAAAUCACAGCUCCUACAAUGCUCCCAGUUUCCGCGCCGGUGCCCAGCUCCUCAGCAGCCUCAGCGGGUACGCCUACACCAAACGAGCCUGGAAGAAGGAGGUUCUGGACUUGUACAUGGAUCCCGGCUUCUUCCAGAUGGAUACGUCCUGCGUUCACUGGAAAUCGAUCAUCGACCACCUUUUAACCCAUGAAAAGACCAUGUUUAAAGAUCUAAUGAACAUGCCCAGCAGCUCUCUGAAGCUCUACCCCAGCAGCGAGCAGAAGGCCAUGCUACUAAAACGUCAAGGCUUUGCCGUAUUCAGUGGAGAACUGGAUCAGUACCAUCUCUACCUGCCCCUGAUACAAGAGCGUUUGACAGAAAAUAUCCGCAUGGGGCAGACCCCUAUAAUGGCGGCACAGAUGUUCCUGUUUUUCCGCGUCUUGUUACUGCGGAUCUCUCCACAGCAUCUUACCUCAUUGUGGCCAAUCAUGGUGACAGAGCUGAUACACGCAUUUGUCCAACUUCAAGAUGAUCUGAUGGAGGAAGAGACCACAACAAAGAACACCAAAGCGAGUAAACAGAAGGCGGCAGCGGCUGAGAGCAAUGGCCCGGUGUAUGCCGAAAUCCAUCAGAACAGCCUCGACCUGUAUUUAUCUGCCUGCAAGUUCCUAGACACAGCGCUUUCAUUCCCCCCGGAUAAGAUGCCUCUGUUUCAGAUUUACAGAUGGGCCUUUGUCCCUGAAGUGGACACGGAGUCUUGUCCAGCAGCGGACAUGGUAGAAAAUCACCAGGAAUGUAAACCUCACGUCGUCCGCAUCCUAGAGCUCAUGAGGUUGAGGUUUGGCGAAAUCGCAGCAGAAAGUUCAAGUCUGAAGAGGACCGGGUUCCCCCUUCUCAGUCUGCGGUCCAUAUCUAAGAUCACGCAGCUCAUGCAGUUUUUUAGGACUCUCAACUUCGUAUUCAAAGCAAAGGGCAGGGGAUCUGCUCCUUCUCACGAGCCGGAUGUCUCGGUGGAAUACCCAGUAGAAGACACUACAAGGGUCCUUAGGGAUCUCGAAGAAAACGUGGAAUCUGACUUCCUGGAGAACAUGUCAAGUUAAUAUGUCGGCAGUGUACAGAUCAUGUGACAGGUGGCGGAGCGUGGCUGCCGUCUACCAUGUGGAAUGUGAAUAGAAAGUGCAGAUAAAACCAGUAUAAAUAUACAGUAUAUAUAGGGUAUAAAAAAAAAAAUCCUUCCAUAGGAUAUGUCAAUGAGAUUGUAAUUAUAUUUUAUGUAGAAUAUUCCAAAAUAAGACAAGUUGGCUUAUAGAAUAGAACAGGCAUGCCGAACCUAUGGCCCUCCAGCUGUUGCAAAACUACAACUCCCAUCAUUCCCAGACAGCCUACAGCUAUCAGCCUACAGCCGGGGCAUGGUGGGAGUUGUAGUUUUACAACAGCUGGAGGGCCGCAGGUUGAGCAUCCCUGAAAUAGAGAAAAACCUCUCCAUGUAAAGGUCUAAUAUGAUGGCAGAGGAGCACAAAAUCACAGGGGAGGAAUCAUAUAAAUGGAAGGGAAAGCGGAGACGGCCGGCCGCAGUGGUGGCCAUUAGUAGAUGUCUUAUCGGUUGGGAUCCUACACCAGGAACUAGAAUGAAGGGUCUGCCGUGCUUAGUAACAUGCUGUGGUCCCUACUCCCCUGUUCACUUGAUUUGGGUUGUGUUGCAGUUCCUAACGCAGCAGGGGUGGCGCAGGCGAGGCACUACAGUCUCCUUAUUCUCUGUAUUAAGGCCCCAGGCUGUAUUUACAAGGGGCUCAGUCGAAAAGCUAUUGUGUAUGGGGGGCUUCCAGGAGGAGAUGAGGAUCAGGCAAAUUGAAAUCUUUUUUGCCCGAUCUUUACCAAAGAUAAGCCGUCGUCACAGAUGUCUGGCAGCAGCUUAACCGCUGAAAACACACGCAUGCCAGAGAGGUCUGAAUCAAAGUAACCCGACAGCUAUUGAAGGUAUAUGGACACCUUUAGAGAGGGGGAGUAGUCAGACCCCCACCUCACUCAUCAGUUAUAGAAGUAUAUCUAAUCAAUAGAUCAACAGUGCUUUGGGUGAAAACAUCCUUUUAAAGGGAUUCUCUACCUACCUGUAUUUUAAGAAAAUAUACAAAAGAGGAGCUGUCGCCUCUCCUGACGUAAGUAGUAACAGGAGUUGGUGACAGGUCCUUUAAGACUUCCAUCACACUUGGUACUACUGAACCAAACUUAAAUCUGGUUUCCAAAGGAUAGGUCAUCAGAUCAGCGGGGGUCUGACACCCAGCACUAAUACUGAUCCGCUGUUUUGGGUACAGAAUCUAUACACUGGACGGAAGCUGAAGUACAAGGUUCUGUCCCCCGGAGUACUGCAGAUGGGCUCUCAAUCCAGACUUUCAAUUUCUGUCUAGUUUCUGACACCGAUGGCUGCCCAAAACUGCUGAUUGGUGGAAGUGCCAAGUGUCGGACCCCCACAGAUCUGAUAUUAAUGACCUAUCUAGAGGAUAGGCCAUCAAUAUCUAAAGCUGGUCAGCUGACACACUAGCUCCCAACUCUCCACCAACAGAUAAUGUAUAUAUUAAUAUUGUCGUCCGAUCCUUUUGUUUUCCUUGGAGAUAAGUCGCCGCCAGAGGUGUCUGUCAGUGGAUUUUUCCACUAUCACCGUAGCAAACACAGACACAUUUGGCUAAGCUAAACCUGUAUGUGUAUGGACAAGACAGGCGAGAUAGCUGUCGGACAAGCGACCGUUCAGCCGCAGAUAUUGAAUGCGUCUCGCCAGCUCUGUCCCGGAAAACCCAUUUAAGGUGCCCAUACACCUUCAAUAGCUGUCUCGGCUGACAUCCCCUCUUCCCUCCCCCCUACACAGGCACAUGCUGUUCGACAGAGCAUGUAUGUAUUCUGAAUGGGGGAGAGAGGAGUACGACACCUUUAGCAGCUGCUUAUCUGCCAUGUGUGCAAAAUAAUCGGACUUUAAAAUUCAACCAUGCCUGAUCCUUCUGUCCCCGGACAUCCAUCGACUUUACUGCUAUGCUUGUGCUCACCCCAUGUAGAUGGAAGCCCGGACAGUGCCAGCUGUGAUCCCAUUAUGUCUCACAUAUAGGUUCAGUAGAGUUAUGUCCGUACUGCGGACCCUUAGGUUGGUAGAUAGUUGUCGGCCAAACACUUAUUUGGCAGAGAGCUACCCCUCCCUUCCCCCCUCUCAUACACAUUCACUCUGGGCUUGGGCGAGUGGCAUGUUCCUUCAAUUGGUAGAGUAUCAGGCAUGUUGAAUUCCGACGGCCCAAUCUUUAUCUCCCUUGACAUCUGCCAUUGGGGGAAAAGUCUGGACCCCUCCCCCCCACCAUACAAAUUAGAUGGUCAGCUGGGCGGGUUCGUAUAUGUAUGGCCAGCUUUAAAUUUUUGUCAAGUUACGGCCAUGGGAAAUUGUCUAAAACUUUCAUGCUGCUUUUUUUUUUUUCUCAAACUAUGAACGACUGCAGUAGAAACAUUUCAUUCUGAAAUAAUUAAAAAGAAUUCCCAAAGAGAUUCUGCGCAGGCUUUACCUGUGUACUAAAGGGAUUUUCCAGGAGUAGAAUAUUGAUGGCCUGUCUUCAGGAUAGGUCAUCAAUAUCUGAUCGGUGGGGGGUGAGACUUCCGGCGCCCCCGCUGAUCAGCUGUUUGAAAAAGUGGCGGUGCUCUGGUGAUCGCGGCAGCCUCUUUCUAGGCCAGUCUUCACACUCGUCAAUCUCAUGGCCUAUGUGCAGCUCAGACCCAUUCCAGUGAAUGGGCUGCAGUACCAAGAAAAGCCACUGUGCAGCGUACGGCACUGUGUUUGGUAAGCUGUGAGGAGGCCCAUCUUCAAACAGCUGAUCGGUAGGGGGUGCCCGGUGUUGGACCCCCACCGAUCAAAUUGAUGACCUCUCCGGAAGAUAGUCCAUCAGUAUUGAAGUCCCAAAAUCCCUUUAACUGUCUGUCGGCGUAUUUAUUACAUAAGAGAUUGACGUUAAUGGUCUUAAUAAUUAGCUGCUAGUGAGUUAUUGCCUUGUACUAUUACACUAGUACUAUUACUCACCAGCUGUGGUGAUACUACAAAUCCCAGCAUGCUGGGAGAUCUACUGUUUCCUAUUUACUCUCAGUAUCAGUUCCUUGUGGCUUUCAAGUUCUCUGCUUGCAGUCAUUGAAUAGGAACCUUCAUUGGUAACUUUCCUGGAAUGUCCAGGUGGGUUGCUAAAUCUCCUGCACAGCACAUAGUUUGGGUUUUCCUGUAAAGCCGCCCUCCAUACGCGACAAAUGUAUGUGGCAUCGGGAUAAUGCAUCAACCCAAGGGCCCAUACAAGCACUAAAAGGGCAUGACGCAGAAAGGGGUGUGAUGUCUUGAAAGGGGUGGGGCUUGUCUGAAAGGGUGGAGUCUUUUUAAAGGGGUGUGUCCACACCUUUUAAAAGAAAAAAAAGCCGCCGACACACUUUCAAAACCUUUCCACAAGCCAAAUUAAAAAUUUUGGCAAAAAAAAAAAAUAUCCUGGUCAUGUGAUGGACGCAUCGUUACAAGACGCAGCUCUGAUAACCGUCCUGUAACGAGCCGCACCCAUGCGUUCAAAUCACAUGGCCAGGACAGACUUCCAGUAAUCACUGGAAAUAAACACUGGAGGUUUAUAUUCACAGACAGCAAGCAGAGAUUUUGAAAUCUUUGAGGGCUCGAUACAGAAAAUAUAUUAAAUUAUUGUUUAGUAUUUCAUUCUACUAAGGGUAACAAUUAUUUGUUGGAUCUGGCUCCUUUAGUUCUGUAAAAAAAAUGAUUUUUUUGGCUAAUUUAUCUAGUAAUGUUUUCUCUGUAUGAGGCAGAUACGGGGUAAGAGGGUAGAUUAGAUUGAAAAUUGCCCUGGAGGUUAAAAAAUAACAAUAAAAAAAUUUUGUUGCUCAUAGCAGCCAAAGUUCAGCUUUCAUUUUGUAGCCUGGACAAUAAACCUCUGGUUGGUUGCUAUGGGUAACAAGGCCUAGCUCCUCUGAGGCAGGGCCUGUAAAUUUGACCUCUCUUCUCCUCGACCUGGUGUUUUAUUUCUCCGCUCGAAUGUGAACUUUACUGUGUUUUAUUCUGAAUCUGCUUCUUUUAAUUUUGACAGUUGUGGAGACAAAACCCACACAGCCGAGAAUUGUGUAAAGCGUUUAAUAAAAGAUGGACAUUUUCCGAA